UUAUCACCCAUCCAAAGAGGAGAGAGAACAUGAAAUUCUUGCUAUGGGAAGGAAACAUCGUGAAAUCAUCAGCAAAAGAGUCGAGUCUUCCACCAGCAUUGAAGCAUUAUUUAAUCCUGAUAAACAUGGAUUAAUUCCACAAGUUAUUGUGUUACAGGGAGCUGCAGGAAUUGGAAAAACCAUAAUGGCCAAAAAAAUCAUGUUUGAUUGGGCUUCUCAACAAAUUUACCAAGACAAAUUUAAUUAUGCUUUCUAUAUCAGCUGCAGUGAGAUGAAUUUCCAUGCAGAGUCCCAGAAAACUAGUAUUGCAGAAGUAAUUUCAAAUGAAUGGCUCAAGUGUCACGAAGUGAAAAAUGUCAUUCAAAACAUACUGAAGAAUGAAGAGAAGCUUCUGUUCAUAAUUGAUGGGUUUGAUGAAUUAAGGUAUUCCUUUGAUCAGCCAAAAGAUUCCUUUUGCAUUGAUCCCUGGAAGAAGGAGCCAGUGAGAAUUCUUCUGAGCAGUUUAUUUCAAAAAAAGAUUCUUCCUAAAUCCUCUCUUAUAAUCACAACAAGACCAAUGGCUUUGGAGAAACUCCAUCAAUGUUUAGAAUAUCCACGGUAUUUUCAGAUAUUGGGGUUUUCCACAAAAGAAAGAGAAGAAUAUUUCUAUAAUUUUUUUGAAAACGAAGACCAAGCAAUGCAAGCUUUCAGAUAUGUUAAACAAAAUGAUACGCUUUUCACCAUGUGUGUCAUUCCCCUUGUGAGUUGGAUCAUCUGCACAGUGAUGAAACAGGAGAUGGAGAGAGGCAAGGAUCUUCAGAAGACACCAUACACCCUCACUGCAAUAUAUAUGUUGUAUUUCUCCAGUUUAUUAAAGUUUCACCAUAAAGAAUCCAAACCGGAUGUCCAAGGAAAUGUAAAAAGCUUAUGCUCUUUGGCUGAAGAAGGAAUCUGGAAACAGCAAAUACUUUUUAUGGAGGAAGAAGUCAAGAAGCACAGUUUAGAUCAGAGAGACUACCUCCCCCUCUUUCUGAAUCAAAGUGUCUUCAAAAGGGAUAUUGAUCGUAUUCAAACCUAUAACUUCAUUCACUUAAGCUUCCAGGAAUUCUUUGCUGCUUUGUUUUAUGUCCUAGAAGAAGGAGAGGAGCAGCAUUCUGAAAACUGGAAUAAAAAUUUGCAGACACUGUUAGAAAGUCAUAAAUCUUUUAGGCGUGACUUUGCAGUAGGAUUUCGCUUUCUUUUUGGUUUUUUAAAUGAAGAAAAAAGAAUGAGGCAGCUGAAAAAAGAAUUUGGAUGGGAAAUUUCUCCUAAGAAUAAAGAGUUCUUAUUAGACUGGGUGAAAAAUAAAAUUAACAGAAGAAUUAAUUUCCGUCGGCAAAAAGAAAUCUUAGCUUAUUUAUAUGAGACACAAGAUGACAAUUUUGUAAAUGAUGCACUAUGUGGUGUCACUGAAAUAAUUUAUCAAUGCAAUUCUGAUAUGGAAUUGAUGAUCCUGGCCUAUUGUAUACAGCAUUGCCAAAAUUUGAAGAAACUCCUUAUUAAAAGCCCUACGUUUCCAUAUCGGGAGUCGGAAAAUUUAUUUUUUUCAAAAACUGAGUAA